AUGGCCAAGAACAAGAAGAGCGCGGGCGAGACAGCGGGCACGGCGGGCAAUGGGCGCAAGAAGACGGGCGAGGCGCCGGCGCUCAUCAUCUGCCGCAACAAGCACUGGCGAUUCAUCUCCUCGUUCCACGGGCCGUGGCUGCAGCUGCCGCCCGAGGUGCUGGAGUCGCUGGCGCACAGCAACUUCCUGAGCCCGCGGCCGCAUCCCAUCGACCCGGCCGUGUUCUACGACGUGCUGAAGAUCCGCCGCCUGGUCGACGAGGCCACGACGCUGGCGGUGCGCGCGACGAGCGGGCUGACGAGCGCCGCGCUGAACAACGCGCAGGGGCUGCUGGGGCCGGCGGCCGCGCUGGGGCUGGGCGUGGCUGGCGGGGGGACGCUGAGCCGCGAGCGCAAGCACCGCAUGCGCGAGCUGGCCACGGGCAAGCUGGCGGCCGCGUAUCGCCUGGACGAGAUCGCGGCGAGCGUGGCGACGAUGCAGGGCGCGAGCACGCUGGAGGACGUGGCCGCGCUGGUGCUGCAGCGCAGCCCGGCCGACGUCGACGCCAAGUACGUGCACUUCUUCCACGAGAAGAUCCCCAGCCGCAUGCUGGCCCAAAGCACCCCGCUGGCAGCCCUGGACGACGUGCUGGCCGAGCGCCCGGCCGAUGGGAGUGCACUGCGGACCCGCGCCCUGACGCGGCUGUUCAAGGACGACCUGGCCAACAGCGCCCGCGACCUGACGGCUGCCCUGGCCGCCGCCCGCCACCGCGCCGCCACCCACCGCCAGGGCCGCCAGCUGGUGCCCGCGACCGCCGAGCGAGAACGAGAGCGCGACCGCGAGCGCGACCGCGACUGGCGCAACGAGGCCCGCGUGCCCGACGACGACCAGCCCAGCUCGCUCGAGGCCCAGCUGCUGUUCCACCGCGCCGGCGUGUACCUGGCCGUCGCCUGCCGCCACGUCGCCGCCGCGCUGGACGGCCUGCAGGCCCAGGAGGCGCGAGACGCAGCGGGAGCCGAGGACACACCAGACGAGGCCGCGGCGAGGCUGGCGCGCGCAGACAGCCGCAAGCAGCUGCGCCAGAACGCGAAGCGCGCCCUGCGUGACUACACGGCCUUCCUGGCCCACUUCGACUACACCCCGGGCAUUGACGUGGCCGCCGCUGAGGCUUUGCUGCGGCAGUUCCAGGCGGACACACGCGGCAGUGGUAGUCACAACACAAACGGCGGCCACGCCAACACAAACGGCCACCCCGGCCUGCACGACGCGUCCACCGCCCUGGCGCCCUACAAGAAACCCCCCGCCCACGCCUGGCCAAAACUCCCUCCGCCGCCCGUCUUCACCCUGAACCAGCUCUUCGACGCCGUCCCGCCCGCCGCGCUCCCGCCCUACCCGCCUCCACCAAACACCCCGCCCUCGCCCCUCCCCACCAACGAAUCCGUCACCUACCACCCGCUCCUCGCCGAAGCCCUGCACUCGCUGCUCCUCACCCACGCGCUCCUGCAGACCCCGCCCAAGGAGCUCCUGCGCCACGCCCACAACGCCGCGCGCCUCGCCCGCCGCCUCGACGGCUACCCCGUGUUCCUCGCCGCCCGCAGCCCCGCACGGGGCGACUGGGUCGAAGUGCUGCGGCGCGGCGCGAACUGGAUCGGGCUCGGCGCCUCGUGGGAGUCGCUGUGCCGCCCGGCGUCCAGCAGCGCCUCGCCCCGCGCCCACUCCCACGCCCCCUCCUCGGCCCUCACGCGCCCCGGGUCCACCACCGACACACCCGAGUCCCCCGCCCAGCGCCGCGACCGCCACAAACACGAGGCCAUCCUCGAUGCCCUGGCCGACGAGCGCGUCGUCGACGAGGCGUCGUUCCAGCGCGCGGUGCGCGCGCGCGAAGUCCGCUUCCAGGACGACGAGCGCCGCGAUGCUGAGGCCGAGGCUGCGGCUGACAAGGACAAGGAAAAAGACAGAGAGCCCUCCACCCGCUUCCAACCCGACCCCCAGCACGCCGCGUACCCCAUAGCAACGGACCGCGCCGAUGCCGUCGCGAGAUGGGUCAGAGAUGCCGCCCCGCUUGUUGCCGAGGGCGGGAGGGGUGUCAAGGGCAAGGGCAAGGGGAGGCGGAGGAAGAAAGCAAGUGUGAGGGAGGGUGGAGAGGGUGUCGAGGGUGUCGAGGGCGGGGUUGGGAGGCUUGCGAUUCAGGCGGAGGUAGGGGAGUAG